AAUCAGACAAUCAGCCCAACUAAUCAGACAACCCCAACUAAUCAGACAACCCCAACUAAUCAGCCGACCCCAACUACUCAGACAACCCCAACUAAUCAGACUACCCCAACUAAUCAGACAACCCCAACUAAUCAGACAACUUCAACUAAUCAGCCGACCUCAACUAAUCAGCCGACCUCAACUAAUCAGACAACCCCAACUAAUCAGACAACUUCAACUAAUCAGCCGACCUCAACUAAUCAGCCGACCUCAACUAAUCAGACAACCCCAGCUAAUCAGACAACAACAACUAAUCAGUCAACUCAAGCUAAUCAGACAACUUCAACUAAUCUGCCAACCACAACCUCAACUAAUCAGACAACCACAACACUAAUUACUAAAAACUCUACAACUUCAACCACCAAGACGACAACUACCACAAGAAGCACAACAAUCACCACAACAGCAUCUACUACAACAGCUACAAUAUCUACCUCCACAAGUACAUCUACUACCACAAUUUCUACAUCUACCUCUACUUCAACUGCAACAUCUACCUCCACAAGUACAUCUACCUCCACAAGUACAUCUACCUCCACAAGUACGUCUACUUCCACAAGUACAUCUACUUCCACAAGUACAUCUACCUCCACAAGUACAUCUACCUCCACAAGUACAUCUACUUCCACAAGUACAUCUACCUCCACAAGUACAUCUACCUCCACAAGUACAUCUACUCCACAAGUACAUCUACUCCACAAGUACAUCUACCUCCACAAGUACAUCUACCUCCACAAGUACAUCUACCUCCACAAGUACAUCUACUUCCUUCCAGUACAUCUACCUCCACAACACAACUUCUACGUCCACUUCUACUUCAUCUACAACAUCUACUUCAACUACAACAUCUACUAG